AAAAAACCCCACUAUUGUUAAUUACCCGUUUUCGAGAGCGAGAUGGUCCAAUUGGUUAGAGCGCGAAUCUACUGACCAGAAGGUCCGUGGUUUGAAACCGACCUCCACCUUUCGACUUCCCCUGUCUAGGCUUGGACAACCUGGCAGUAUCCUAGCCCUCGUGUCUCCUUCGGGCGGCAUGGCAGUUAGGCACCGAAAGGUUAAAGUUUUCGAGAAAACACUCGUUUGUGAAUCAAUAUGGUUUUUACGAGAGAGUCAGCUGAAUCUCUCGUUUGUGAUAUUCUACAACUGGAUGUGCUGCACACAGGCCGCCUCACGUUUCAGUUGGCGCGAUAUUCGAGAUAGCGCAGUAUA